GCCCUAAAACCCAGCCCAUAGUAGAAGAAGAAUAAGAAUAAGACGAAAAACAGAGAAGGCCGAAAUCAUAAUCUGUUGAUUAGUUUGUGCGCAUCAGAUCCACUGCUGGAGCUGUAAACCUCCGCCUGGAUUUGCCGCGCCUGACCCGCUUCUGGAGGAGUUAUACGUGGCAGAUUAGUGAGCAUGCCCUCCUCAUAAAGCCAAAGUAAAGUUUACCUGCCGCAGAAAAUACACAGAGGUGUCUGUUUGAUCUUGGCCAUGGCCCACGGCACCAGCAUCCAGUAUGAGCCAGUGGCAGAGAUCGGAGGAGGUGCUUACGGGACGGUUUAUAAGGCACGAGAUACAGAGAGCGGGCAGUUUGUGGCUCUGAAGAGCGUUCGAGUCCAGACAGACCAAAAUGGCCUCCCAGUCUCCACAGUAAGAGAGGUGGCUCUGUUAAAAAGGCUGGAGCAGUUUGACCACCCCAACGUGGUCAGGCUUAUGGAUGUGUGUGCAACCCAGAGGUCAGACCAGGAGACUAAAGUCACUCUGGUGUUUGAACAUGUGGACCAAGACCUCAAGACGUAUCUAGAGAGAUCCCCAGCUCCAGGAUUAUCUCCUGACCGCAUUAAAGACCUGAUGAGGCAGUUGCUGUGCGGUCUUGCAUUUCUUCACUCUAACCGCGUGAUGCACCGGGACCUAAAACCAGAGAAUAUUCUGGUAACCAGCCAGGGCCAGGUGAAGCUGGCUGACUUCGGACUGGCCAGGAUCUACAGCUGUCACAUGGCCCUCACUCCUGUGGUGGUGACACUGUGGUACCGCCCCCCCGAGGUUCUGCUGCAGUCCAGCUACGCCACCCCCGUGGACAUCUGGAGCACCGGCUGCAUCUUUGCUGAGAUGUUCAGACGCAAACCUUUGUUCUGUGGGGAAUCAGAAGUGGACCAACUUGGGAAAAUUUUUGAAGUUAUCGGCUUGCCACUAGAGGACGAGUGGCCAACUGAUGUUACACUGUCAAGAAAACACUUCCCCCCUCUCUUACCUCGCCCAAUCACUGACAUUGUUCCAGAGAUAGAUGAGCAGGGGGGCCAACUAUUGCUGAAAAUGCUGACCUUUGACCCACUGAAACGAAUAUCUGCCCUGAAUGCCAUAGAACACCCAUAUUUCCAGGACGAGGAGACAUUGACUUGAAAUGAAGCAGUGAAAUACGCAGCGAGAGGUAACAGUGUCUACGUUUAGACCUGGCCAAACCAUAAAGGAUUUCAAUUUCAGUCAGUGCGUUGCCUUUCAAGACGUCAUGGUUAUGCUUUGGGAUAUUAUUUUUGUUGCUCCUACAUCG